GCAUAGCGCCUCAACCAACUACUCUACCAUGUGCCCCCUCUAAUGAAUAUACACUUUUUAAUUAGUCUUAAAACCAAUAUAUAAUAUAUAUAGUUUAGAUUUAAUAUUAAAGGCUCUAGCCUUAGAAACAAAACUAAAAUUUAAAAUUAAUUGCUCAAAAUGUAAAUUUUACUUUGACUUUUAAGAAUCGGUUUUAAAUAAGCCAGAAACUUCUAGAAGCACCCAGUUGAUAUCAUGGUAAUAAGAAAACAAAAGUGUAAGUAAUUUUCAGCAGUAGUAAUUCUUUGUAUAUGUAGCCUCUGGUACCCACUUCGUGCAACUCUUAUGUUAUUGUCUCAUGAUGGUGUUUUGUUACAUUUUCUAGGCCAUUAAGAAAUGUCUGGAUGCUUUGAAACCUGAUGCUGUUAAUAUCAUGGUGUUCUCUAAAAAUUCAGAAAAGAAAUUUGAUAAAAUAGAAUCAUGGUUUAAGACAGAAUAUUCUGUAUGUGAUAUUCCUAAUGAUUGGCUGGAGUCUUGGUUCAGCAUGGAACCUGAUCAGAGUUUCAGUUUGCCUGAACCUAACAUUUUCCUGACAACAGACUUCAGUCUCUUACCAAAUCCUGACCAAGAAGAUGCUCAGAAGAAGAAGUAUCCAAUUAAAGUGCAAGAUGAUGAAUUGUCUGAAGUAUGGUACCACCGUGACUGCAAGUUUAAGCUACCACAAGCAUUCCUCUAUUUCUACUUGAUAUCACCUCUUCCACUCAGCUCCCCACAAAAGUAAGGUUCUUGUUCUAUUUG